AACCCGGGCGAGCGGCAGAGGAGCGGGGAGCCGAGGGAGCUGCUCUCCCGCUGAAGGCGGCGGAGCGGCGGCGGCGGCAGCGCGGCGGGGCGGCUGCGGAGCCCCUUCCCUCCGGCCGGGAAAGCGGCGGCAGCGGGAGGAAGCAAAAUGAUGGUCCAACACUCAGGCCAGGUAUCUGCAUUAGAAGUCAGCGCCUCCGCAAUUGUUCCCACUUUGUCCCCUGUAGGGUCACUGGGGUUUGAUGAUUUCACAAAUUUAACCCCAUUGGUGAAGGAGGAGCUGAGGUUUGCCAUUCAGAACAAGCGUCAGUUCCACAGGAUGUCUUCCACGUUGGACACAGUGACAGUUUCUGAAAGACCCGUUGAGACAUCGGUGAUGAAAACAGAGUUUUCUCCUGAAGAGGAUGAAAGGAAAAAAAGAAGAAGGGAAAGGAAUAAAAUUGCUGCAGCAAAGUGCCGAAACAAAAAGAAGGAAAAAACAGAAUGUUUGCAAAAAGAGUCAGAGAAGCUGGAAACCAUCAAUGCAGAGCUGAAAGCCCAGAUUGAGGAGCUGAAGAACGAGAAGCAGCAUUUGAUAUACAUGCUGAACCUGCACAGGCCCACCUGCAUAGUGCGUGCACAGAAYGGAAGGACACCCGAGGAUGAAAGAAAUCUUUUUAUUCAACAGAUCAAAGAAGGCACRUUACAAGGUUAAGUGAUAUGGCAGACAUGGAAAUGUUUAUAAUGUUUUGAACAGCUACCAGAAUCCAUGGGGGAGUCUGACACAAUGUGUAGGAUUCUAUUAGUCAAGAGCCUUUAGGAAGGGCAGAUUGCUUUUGUAAGCGGAAAGAAUCAUUUUGGCUUGACAGCGAUCCUUGCCCUUGGAAGAUCUGGCCUCAAUCAAAUUGAAGAGCCUUCUGCCUCCAAUAUAGGGUUUGCACCUGUCAUACUUGCUGUUCCUAGGAGCUACAGACAACAGCUUCCGAAGUUUUAGCUCUCUGCUAGUAUACAGUAUCCGCACUCACAAGGUUUGUGCUAGAACACUAUGACUUCCAGUGAUGCACGUGGUACAGACAGCUGGGCUGGAUGGACACUACUUUUCCUUGUGGCUGGUAGGCAAAGAAGACUGAGUAUUUCUGAAGUUUCCAGGAGGAUGGUCUCUAGAGGAAUGUGCUGACACCUGAUGUUGCAUUCUAACCUAACACACACACACAAACACACACAAAACCCCCCUGUAGUUCCAACUGAGCUUUGUCAUUUUUUUCACAACAUUCGUGGGUUUUUUCUGUGACUCAUCUCAGUGACUGAAUUGAAGAGUCUAGUAAGUGUGACAAAGAAAUGUUUCUUGCAAAACAUCUAUGUAGCCCAGCUUGUAUUUUACGAGCUUUUACCCCAGAUACUAUCCCUUGGGRACUACAAUUUUCCCUUGAAUCGCUGAAGAGCAGCUUGUACCACCACUUAUGGACUUGGCAAAUUUGACCCACUGGAAAGAGGAAACUAACUGUGCAGGGGUACUGAUAGAGGUUUUGCUCAAGUAAAGAACUUCAGGACUGAAUCCCAGACUCCUGAAUCUUGAGAUUUUUUUUUUUUUUUAAAUUCAUCUAGGAUCUAAUCCUACAAGCCUUAAUUCAUGCUAUUUCCCCUUAGUCACAGGAGAGGUUCCAUGGAUUUCAGUGGGUCUGCUCAUGCAGAUAGCUCUUACAGGUAUAAGAGCUUAACAAAGCUUUUUCCAUCCUGGAAAUGAUUACUUCCUUUUACCAGGUGAUUCAGAGGGAAAAAUUAUGAUUGCAGCUACUUUUGUUUUACAUUUGAGUGGCAACUACAGUCAAUCAGAAGUGUUACUUAGAAUCUAAAGGAGGCAAGAGUUUUGAUGUAGUGAAUAAUCAUUUUUAUUUUUUAUUAAUUACUAACCUUGGAUGUUUUUGAACUAGUAGAAGAGCUGCUGGACAAAACAGUUGGAGCUAUGAGUGUUUAAAUUCUGAUGUUUCUGUGAAAUUCUCAGAUUGUUYAUUUCUAUAAAAUAUAUCCUUACAGUUUUUUUGUAAAAGAAARUAUUAUCCUUAUUUAUCACUGAUAUCAUCAUGAGCAGAGUUAAUAAAUACUGCGAGCAAGAUAAAACUGAAAACACAAGUGUUGCGCUGUCUUUUUACUUUUAUCUCUUGGUGUUUAAUAUUAUAUAUUCCUAAACUUCACCCACUGUAUUUGAGACACCACUACUGAAAACAAUUAUCCUUCAUCUCUUUUGAAGAUGAGGCACUGAGUGUCUUGAAUGAUUGGGUACAGAUAUUGUACCUCCCAAAAUUCUGUAUCUCCAUCAGMGGUGUCUGACUGUUCAAUGUUGCAAUUUAAACAACGCAGAAUACAAGUGGAGCUUACAGUGCAUAAUAUUUUACACCAGUUCCGCAGUGUUGAAAUUGUGUGUUUGUUCUAAAGGCWAAAUUAAAGAUACCUCAGCCAUGAGCUUCUUACCCUCCUAGUCUCGCAUGAAUCCAUCAAAUGUUGUACCUGAUCCUUACAUGACUGUUACAUUCUGCAACAGAACUACUUAGUACCUACUCCUAARAUCUGGAUAUAUUGUAAUGUCCUAUAUCACAUGUUAAAGGUAUGUACUUCGUGUAUCUGAAAAGUGAAUGUAUUACAAAGGUGACAUAACAGGUCCAAUUCUGUCUUACGGAUCCAUUAUCUUUCUGUGAAUUGGAAGGAGGUUCCAUUGACUUCAGUGGGAGUUUCGUUCAUGCCCUCUAAGCAGAGUUUGGAGCCACUAUGGCAAAUUCUCUGGCUUAAAUGGCAAGUUCUACAAGUAAUUGGGCCAGUUGCUUACCAGACAACAGAUUUACACGAAGUGUAUUACAAUAAACUUGUCAAACAAUGUUCAUUAUUUGACCUCUGUAAUGUGGUAAUACAAAACCAAGGCAUCAUCCCAGCAUCAURCACCUUGGCUUUGCUUUUUGCCUCUCAAAUACCAGCAGACAAAGCUGUUGUCUCAUAAUUGUUUAUAAAGUGCUCCCACAGAGACUAUAAUGACAGAAUUCACGUGUCUCCCUUCAGGAAUUUGUAUGGUUGCUUUUAACCAUAUCACCAGUGACGCAGGCGUCAUGCUUUUGUUGCUUGAUCUUAUUUACUCCGCAUGCCAAAUGUUAAUAUGGUACCACUACUAUUGUCAGAAGAGAAUCUAUUUUUAUUUCUUUACCUGUGUAGUCACAGCUGCCCUGUAUUGCUUUUGUAUGUGUGUAUGUGUGUGUGUGUGUGUGUGUGUGUGUGCUGCUGGGAAAUGAUGGUACUCAAGGUGGCAUGACUGUGCCCAGGAAAAGAGUGUUUGAACAGCUAGACAGGAAUGGUAUGUUGCAUGAGUUUUCUGAAAGUGUGCUUUAUUCAGGAGAACCCUUAAAAUGCAUUAAAAAGCAGUUUGUUUUCUAUUCUCAAGUUUGUUUUGAUACU